CAUCGCUCCUGAAACUUACCCUGCCCUAGGUUUUGGUAUUUCUUCUCGAUCGAUCGCGUUUCUGUCUCUUUCGACCUCUUGAUCACUAACGAACGAGCCAUGUCUCGCUUCUCCCUCAGCCAUCGCGGGUACGUCUAUCUCUGCCUUACUUUCAGCACCUUAAACCUCUGCACUGUCUCGAUCAACUGGCAAUAUGGCAACAAGCAUCAGAGAGUUGCAAGGGAGAAUCUUGAAGCUCUGAUUCGAGCUGCUGAUGCUAAUUUUCAAUUGGCUCAAGAGAGGGAUUCGGAAUACAGGUUCUCGGCUCAAAAGCAGAAGAAGAUGGAGGAUGAGAGAGAUGCUUAGGCUGUUCAACCCAGAGUGGGUGAAGGUGAAGAUGAAGGAAACGAGGAGGAGGAGAAGAAGAAGGCUGAUUGCAUGCCAUUAGUUUGUUUGUUCUUCUUUUAAUUCGCUUGUAAAGUUUGUACUGAAAACACCAUUUUCAAUAUAUAUAAGAAUUAGGUUCGUGAAACUGUGGCUUACAACUGGAAACAUGUACCAAAUAAUCCUUCUCUUCUUCAGUUCUUCCCGUCUUAGCUUCCUGUUUGCAAAAUUCGUUCUUACAAGUUUCUUGCCUAAAUUCUGUGUGAUUUCUUUAUUCUAUUCAUCGCCAGCUUGUUGCUUUGCCUGCAGGUAAUUAAGGUUUCUCUCCAGG